CCUAAACAUUAUCGCUGGGGAAAUUUGCUCAGUAAUGGAUACUUCGGGUAUUUAUGAUGGUGGGCGCUUCCAACUGCCGUUACGGGAGGAGUAUGACUAUAACCCGCCCUCCUGCCGCUACAGCGGCGACACGGAGCAGGUACGGAUCCCCAUUCCCGCUUGUGCCUCUGUCGAACACGAGAGUAAGGAAACUUUACUGCCCUACGAUCUACCUCCCUGUCAGCACUCGAGCCCUGGUCAGACCCAGGACCAGGAAUACCUGACAGGCCAGGGUCGUGUACCGGACGACUACCAUCCAGGAGACAGCCCAGUAGUGGGGGGAGAGUCCCUGGGACACUUGUCAUUCUCCUGGAUGAGGAGCUCCAGAGUUCACUCGUAUCAAUCACUCCCAGGUGGUCAUUCCGAGAACACAGACCAACACAAGCGGAGCCGCACCGCGUACAGCCGGGCUCAGAUAUUGGAGCUGGAGAAGGAGUUCCUCUUUAACAAGUAUAUCUCCAGGCCUCGCAGAUAUGAACUGGCCACCACACUCAACCUGACGGAGAGACAUAUUAAAAUCUGGUUCCAGAACCGGCGGAUGAAGUGGAAAAAAGAAGAAAUGAAAAAAAAAAAAAUCUGACCACCACGAACCGGAGAGUUCCAAUAACAAAUGCUAAAACGUUUGGAGCAUCAUAUGACCCUGGGUUUGAAAACUAUGCCGGAUCAUUUUUUUGCACUCGUCUAUUAAAUCAUAUACUGUAUGUCCUUACACUUUAUAGCCUACGUUAGGCCUAUUCCGAGGUUCAAUGAACAGUUUACAAUUUUAAGUUGCGAGCUAUUAAGUUAUUUAUACAGUAGUUGCCACAUUGAUUUAUACUAUCUAACAUUUGAAUUGAAAUGGAUAAGAUCACCCAUUUGUUUCCCUCGGAAUUGAUUGUCUAAUUUAUUUUAGACAUACAACAGUUUACAUAAAUUAAUCACUUGUUUACUGGGUUCUAAACCUGCAUGUUAUGACGAAAGCAUGAUAGGCCUACAUUAAUUCAUUAUCUAUGUAUGAAUCAAUGAAUGAUUGUGUUGAAUAGAUUGAAGUCGAAAUAGGAAGAAUAUUCAUAUUCUGAGGCAACCUGGUCUCAGAGCAUUUCGUAUUAUUCUGUACAUAAAUCAGAGACACCCCAUUUAGUAUAUGUUAUGUUUUAUAUGGUAUGCAUUAAUUUGUGGAUGUCCAUCACUCAUUUCAUAUGAUAUGUUAUGAAUUGCAAUUCCUAUUAUAUGUUACGAAUUUUCACAACAUACGAAAUGUUAUGAAUUUUCAAAAUGUAUGAUAUGUUAAGAAUUCUAGCUAGGUGGCUAGGUGGCUAACAUUAGCUCGCUGGCUAAUGUUAGCUAGGCUAGGGGUUAGGGUUAAAGUUAGGGUU